AUGAUGGACCUCGAUCCUCGUCUGUACGAGCACAUCGUAAGCCCCGUUGUUUCUCUUUUCUCCAUUCGGGGUCUUGAAAGCUGGAUCAUCCGUUCAUCCCUCUUUAACUCCCUUUAGGGUUUUUUCCUCCGCAUUUCGAGUUGGAAGUGGGUUUUUCGUCUAAGUUGAGGAGAGGGUUCUGCUUGCGGAAAGUGGAGAUUGAGGGAAGGAGGCAUCAUUUCUCUCAGAUGGUGAGACGUCCGUUUUGUUGUCUGUAAUCUCCAUGGCCUCUUCGUCGAUGAUGAAACUAGCUUCCCGUCGGUAGUGCUUCAGAGGUAUGGAUUUGCGCCUCCAUAGAGAAGGACAGCGAUGGAUGAUCGAGUUACAGGAUACGAUAAACUCUCUUAGUUGGAUGGAUCUAGUAAUUUCCCAUCAGCCACAGCAGAUAAUUACUUCUUAUUAUCUUUAUAAAAACGCUUUGAAUUUGCUGCAAAGUGCAUUUAUCAUCCUUGGGAACUACAUUUUUAAAAAAUUUCCAAAAGGAUUUGUGGAUCCUGGUUGAGAGAAGGAUUUAUCAUCCCUCUUGAAAUUGGAGAAGCAUGGAAAAUUUUAGAAUAGGCCAUAAAUUGGCUGAUGUUGGAGGAAUGAGAGGAAUCAAUGAAGAAUCCACUUACUAUCAGACGACAGAAGAAAAAAAUAGGAGAAGGAGAAUGUGAAGAAGAAUACGGAAGAAAGGCCAUUAAAUGCACCCAACUUUUGCAUCUGGCCACUGCGCUUAACUCCUUCUCCAACCCAAUCCUUGCCCAGCUUCAAAGAUGUGGUGGAGAGUCUUUCAUCAAGUUACGUUUUGUCCAAAGUCUUAACUUGAAACUGUACUUUCGGUAACCCCUGUUCACAAAUAUUUACUGAUUUUUGGCCUAAAGUAGUUGUCAAACCUUCAACUGUUAUGCAUUUCAUUGAUUCUUAUUGACUUAUGACCUGAUUUAAAAUUUGUUGGUGCACUCAACGAUUUCAGUCUGGAUUUUUUGGCAGGCAAUUAGCGAGAGUGAUGUCACCAAAAUUGUCCUAUCUUAUCUUGUACAUAGCUGCUUCAAAGAGACAGCAGAGACGUUUAUCACUUGUAGCGGAAUGAAACCACCUGCUGAUUAUCUUGUGGAUAUGGAUCAACGAAAGUGUAAGCGCCUGUUAUAUGUACCUUAAAUGUAAAAGUCACCACUCUGUGAACAUUGGGGUAGUAUGAACUGCUUAUGCACAAUGAUGAUAUGAUUGGGAAGAAUUUUUUAGCGUACUGUUAUGUGCUGAGUGGAGAAGCCAGAAAGAGGUGUAAGCUUUUCUUUUGAAAUUAUGAGAAGAAUAAUUUGCAGAAUGUCUGUUUCUUUUGCCGAUGUACCAUUGGGGAUGCUACUAUUUUCGUUCAAUGGCCUCCCCUCUUAUGAAAUAUCACUGAGCAGAUUUCAGUAAGAAUUGGAUGGGGGUGAUCAUUGGAUGUUAUUGUUAAGCCGUGAGGAUGGAUUUAUUAUUUUCGUUAGAUAAGUUACUUGUUUCUCUCAAGACACCCAGAUUGAAUAGUCCAUUAUUCCUCGUUUGAGUAUAUUUCCCUGCGUAUUAUCUAAUCGUUAUAGAAUGAAAAUAUGACUGAAGUUGAAAUUCUGGAACAUCACAUUCAGUCAUGCGCCUUAGGUCAUAUUCCUGAGGUGUAAACCCUUUCAUUAGGUGACACAGUAUGCCUGAGGUAAUUUCAGCAGGCCAGAGGCAUGCUCCUGCUUUAUCUCCCUUAAUAUCUUGGUUCUACUGUAAAAAGUUUACCAAAAAUAUUAAUAUAAUUAGAAAGAGGAUCAGAAAACAGUGGCUUUUGGCAGCUGCUGCUGUUGCUCUCCUGAUAUCCUCUGAUUAUGAUAAGAUGUCCAUAACUGCCAUUGACAUCGUUCCGGGAUGUCUCUAUCAUUUCAGAGCUUAUAAUUUUCCUUGCAACGUCGUUUUGCCUAUUUUUCAUGCCUUUCGCUUGAAUUUCUCAAUGAUUUCCGGUGACUCCAUGUUUUCUUUUUCUCUACCCUCCCAUUACUCCCCAUUGCCUUCUUCCUUGGAUCCCACUCUCUUUAUAAUUCCACUCGGCAACUUCUGCUCCUCUCUUCCCCCCCCCCCCCAACUAAGCUCAUUUUAUCUGGUUCUAUUCUGCCCCAAAGUCUUGGUUCUUGUUUUUGUCAUCCUUCUAAAUUUUACAGGAAGUUCUUUUUGUAAAUACUUCUCAUUUUGGACCGGUCAACUUCAAAUUCAAACAUCAUGUUGGUUGAGACUGCAAAACUAUUUUCUAGAGGAUAUUCUCGAGGGUUUUCUUGAUGAUAUCAUCGUAUGUCCCUAUAUUUUUAUGGUCAUCUGCGGUAAUAUCCUUGAAAAUGCCAAAGAAAUUGAACUUUUGACGAACUGAUCCACUUCAAUUUUCUGGCAUAGUCUUAUGUUUUGUUAAAAAUUUCCUCUGAGUUUGGGAUUCCUUGCUCCCUUGAACUGUUCUACAAGAGAAUGAUUUCUGUUUCCUAUCCUUAGACACUAAAAACAGGAAAAAAAUUCUACUUUCCUCCAUAGACCCAACAAAAGUUUACCACUUCAACCUGGAGAAUGCUCAAGCACUCCACUUGCUCUAGGAAGCUUUUUCGCUCUUGGGAGGGCUACGAUGUUGACGACGAGUCUUCCACAAUCAAAUCACUCGUGCCAAUUUAGAAGGCUUUUUAAAUGGACCAACACUUCCAGUGGCAUUUUAUCCCACCAUAAAACGUAUGAUCCCUUGCUAGAUAGCAUCUUGAAUUUCUAAUGGUUUCUACACAAUCUGAAACAGUGCAAUAAGGUUGCCAGUGGAAUGAUGGUAUAUUUCCAGGCUCCUUUCUGGAACGUUACCUAAUAUAGCUAAGGCAGAUUUCUGUGCCAUUCUCCAGAUAUGAAAUUUAGUGAUUUAAUCAGUUCUGUCUGUCUGCAUAAUGUAAAUAAAGGAUCUGUUCAUUUGCAUGUAGAUUGAAGAGUUUCUGUUUUUCGUUAUUUUUCUUCUGCUAAUCCAUUUCUCUUCAGCCAUUUUCCAUUUCGCAUUGGAAGGGAACGCCCUGAAGGCCAUUGAACUGACCGAACAGUUGGCACCUAAUUUGCUGGAGCAAAACAAGGACUUGCAUUUCGACCUUUUGAGCCUUCAUUUUGUCGAGUUGGUCCGUGCUCGGAAAUGGUGAGCAAACUUUAAAACUGUUCUUCCCAGGGAUUAUCAGCCUGCUGCUCAUGAUGAAUGUCGGGUACUUUUACCAGCACAGAAGCUCUGGAGUUUGCUCAGAGCAUGUUGACUCCAUUCGGAAAGGUGCAGAAAUAUGUAGAGAAACUUGAGGUAUUCUUCCUACCAAAGAUACACCUACCUGAAGCAUUACGACUUUGUCAAAACUUUUCAAAGUAGUCUAGAACAAAGCAGCGAGCAGAUAUGCAUCGGGUCUGCAUAACACCAUAGUUCGGAAAAGUCGCCAGUGUUCAAUGCCCACACUAAGUUCUACUUUGAAACCCAUGGAGGUAACUGUGAGCUAUGUAUCUUCUGCAGGACUUCAUGGCUCUCCUGGCCUACGAAGAACCAGAGAAGUCCCCAAUGUUUCAUCUGCUUAGCCCUGAACACCAGCAGAAUGUGGCGGACAAUCUGAAUCAGGCCAUUCUCGGUAUGUCCUCCUGCAUUCGAUCCUCACCUUCCUUUGUUUAAUUCGUUGAGCCUUUUCCUUUCCCUUCUUGGAAAGUUUCUCUCUCUCUCUCUCUCUCUUUCUCUGUUCGUGACACGAUUUCUACUGCAAUCAAGCCCAUGCGAACCUCCCCAGCCAUUCCCUGAUGGAGAGGCUGGUGCGACAAGCAACUGUGGUCAGACAAUACCUGCACCAGGAGCCUGGCAAGGUAACAUAGCGGCCUCUGUUCCUUCCACUAGUAGCUACUUAUUCGCCCAUUCUCUCUCUUCACCACCUAUCAAACUCAUGCCACCGUCAGUUGAAUCGACGAAACAUUAACCUUGUCCCAUGAAACAAUCAUCACCCAUCGCCCCCUGGAACACUUCUUUCAUAUUCGGCAGCACAGGAGAGAGGAAACUGAUCAAAGUGCGUCGUUAUUACUUGAGAUGUAUGGAAACAAAAGAAAAUUAAUCGUCUUUUUCUCUGAAGCACCAUUGUUGAACCAUUUGUGAAUCACUCCCUGAACUCGCCAAACUUUUGAACCCCAGGAGUUGAAUAUGUCGCUCCCGGGAUGUGGGAGUUAGGGUUCCGUCACUCAUGCGCGGCUUGUGGUUUAGCAGGACAGCCAUCCAGUGUUUUCUUUGAAGUCUUUUCUGAAAAGCUAG